UUUUAUCACUUGGAUUAGAGCUUGUAUCACUUCCCCCAUGUUUUCAGUAGCUUUAAAUGGAAAUCUAGAGGGCUAUUUCCCUGGGAAGAAAGGAAUAAGACAAGGUGACCCCUUGUCCCCAUACUUGUUUGUCAUUUGUAUGGAGGUUCUGUCACGACUUUUGAAUAAAGCUGCUCAAGAAGGAAAUCUACCAUAUCAUCCUAACUGCAAAAAGACUAGCCUCACACACCUAUGCUUUGCAGAUGACCUACUAAUUUUUACAGAUGGGAGCUCAAGAGCUGUUGGGGAAUUAGAUUCAAUUCUUAAGCAAUUCUACCUGGUGACAGGUUUGAAGGUCAAUUACCAGAAAUCUGAAAUUUUUUGUUGUGGGAUGCCAAACCAGGUUAUCAGGGAGUUAACUGAAACCUAUGGCUUCAAAGUAGGUACUCUUCCUGUCAGGUACCUUGGAGUACCUCUAAUUACUGGAAGGUUGACGAAUGCAGCUUUGAAACCUCUCAUCUCAAAAAUAACAGACAGGAUAAAUUCUUGGUCUUCAAAAUAUUUGUCCUUCGCAGGGAGGCUACAACUCAUUUCUUCAGUACUUCAAGGGAUAACGAAUUUCUGGUGCUCUGUAUUCAUCUUGCCAAAAAGGGUUAUUACAGCUGUUGAGGCUAAAUGCAGUGCUUUUCUAUGGAAAGGUAAAUCAAUUGAUGCAAGAGGUGCAAAAGUAAGCUGGUCUGCAGUUUGCCAGCCAAAGAUGGAAGGAGGUUUAGGCAUUAAACCUCUGUUGAGCUGGAAUAAUGCAUGUAUUCUGAGAUUUAUUUGGCUAUUAUUUUCCAAGGCUGGCUCAAUUUGGAGAAAAAUUCUAAAGUUGAGAUCUCUUGCCAAAUAUCUUGUUAAGCAUAUAGUUGGGACUGGGGAUUCGAUCUAUCUAUGGCAUGAUUUUUGGCAUCCGAAUGGACCUCUCAUUGAAGUUUAUGGUCAGAAAAUUGUAUAUGAUGCAGCCAUCCCAUCUCAGGCUAAGCUUUCCCAAGUGAUUCAGGGUGAUUUUUGGAAAUGGCCUCCUGCUAGAUCUCCUGCACUUCUGCAGAUUCAGAUUGCAUUAUGUGGUGUUUUGUAUCCCAACCAAUCUACGGCAGAUUCUGUUACUUGGCUUGCCUCCACCUCAGGUUCCUUCAAAACUGGUUCUACUUGGAACUAUUUGAGAGAUAAAGGGACCAAAGUGCAGUGGUUUAGGCUUGUUUGGUUUUCCCAUUCAAUACCAAGGCAUUGUUUUAUCUCUUGGUUGGCAAUCUUAAACAGGCUCUCCACCAAAGCUAGGCAAAAGCGUUGGACCCCUUCCAUUGAUGAUACUUGCAUGCUAUGUAAGGAUGCGAGUGAGUCUAGAGAUCACUUGUUCUUCUCUUGUCCUUACUCAAGGCAACUCUGGAAACAAAUUUCAUUACUGCUGGGUGUUCCUUCAACUUGCUCUUGGCAAGAUGUAUUAACUUGGUUCUGUAGAAAGACCAAGCGUACAGCUUUGUACAACACACUUCUCAAGCUGGCAUGGUGUGCAUCAAUCUAUUACAUUUGGACUGAGCGUAAUAACAGAAUUCAUAGGCAAGUGUUCACAUCUCCAUCUGCACUUGUGGAUAAAAUUCAAGCAGAUGUCCGUGAUAGAGUUCUUGGCUUUGCUAAAGAAAAGACAUCUCCCUUGUCAAAGGAGGUUGCUACAAAUUGGGGGCUGGAUGUUCUUUGCAUAUGAAUUUUGUUGAAAUUGUAGUAUUUUAGUGUAUUGUUUGAUUCUUUUUGUACAAAGUAUUGGUAGCAGCCUAAAAUAAAGCGCUGCUUAGUGUAUUGUGUUGAUUUAGAAAUAAAUUCACAUUUCACCA